GAGCAGGGAAAGGAGCUGGAGAAAGGAGAGAGAAGGGACCAUUUGGGGAGUGAGCAGGGAACUACAAACUGGAGAUUCCUGGGAACUGCGUCCUCGGCCGACAGGAAGUGUUUCUUCUCCUCUUGCCAGAGGGAAGAAAGGAAGGAAGGAAGGAAGGGCUGGCUGGCGAGGAGGUCAACGUCCCCGAUCGCCGUGGGGGGCUGGUCCUGCAUCCCCGGGGGGCUCCGGACGCUACCAUGGAAUGGCCCUCCUGAACGGACAUUUCGGCCAAAAUGAGCCAAGAAGACUGGGGCCAGACGCCAUCUCCCCCCCGACCUGCGCCCUAAUAAAUCCUCGCCCCCAACCGGACCACCCUCCGCCCUCGAGAAUCAAGAGUCUCACCCUUACAACGCUGAAGUUUUAGGAGGAAAAAAAAUCCAGCCUUGCCACGAUGAGCUACACAUUGUGAAAUCCAGAUGUACUCUCAGUUCAUUAAGAUCCCUGAGUGAUUUACUCUGAGCUCUUCCAUCGCUGGGAAUAAACAUAUGCAAUAGAAUUUCAGAAGAUUGCUUUCCUCCCACCACAGAUUUGACAGCUCCACUGCAGUCUGCAGAGGCAGCGGAGGCCAUUGCUUUUCUAAAACGUCAUCUGACUUACGAAUGAAAUCGAAAUUAUGGGAUGCUUCAUCCCAGGACAUUACUCAGUGAAUAUCUUAUGAGUGAUUUACUCUGUUUCUAAAGAUAUAAAUUAUUUCCACUCCUUGGCAUCUCUUUUGGGAGGAGGUAAACUAGAAGGCUUGAAGAAGUCAGAAUCCGGAAGCUGCUGCUACAUAGCAAACAGGAUAGAUAAAAGGGAAGCAGUCUGUUCCUCAGAACUGGCUGAGCUGCCAGAGGGAAAGGGUGCUUCAGAAAUCAGCAUAAUACAGACUGCAUAAUACCUUUCCGCUGCUGCUGCUACUGCAGAUGGUGUUGCCACCUCUGCAAACUCCCCGGGAGAGUGAUGGGUAUCCGACUGCUUCGCCUCUCUUCUGUGGUCAUCCUCGUGUUACUGCUAGUGGCUGGAGCUUUGACUGCAUUGCUCCCUAACAUCAAGGAAGAUAAGAUGCCCACUUCCCGCAGGGAAGCCAAGGCCCAGAGCCAGGCUGCUUUAGAUUCAUUUACUCUCAUCAUGCAGACGUAUAACAGAACGGAUCUACUGCUGAGGCUCUUGAACCAUUAUCAAGCCAUCCCUCAUCUGCAGAAAGUGAUUGUCGUGUGGAACAACGUUGGGGAGAAAGUUCCAGAGGAUCUGUGGAACUCUCUAGGCCCUCACCCUGUCCCUGUGGUCUUCAAAAUGCAGACGGCCAACAAAAUGAGAAACAGGCUUCAGAUUUUCCCUGAAUUGGAAACCAAAGCGGUUUUAAUGGUAGAUGAUGACAUGCUAAUUAGCGCCCAUGACCUCAUCUUUGCUUUCUCUGUUUGGCAGCAAUUUCCCGAUCAGAUAGUCGGGUUUGUCCCGAGAAAACACGUCCCCACGCCUUCAGGUAUCUAUAGUUAUGGCGGCUUUGAACUGCAGUCUCCAGGGUUUGGAAGUGGUGACCAGUACUCCAUGGUGCUGAUAGGAGCAUCAUUCUUCAACAGCAGAUACCUUGAAGCAUUUCAGAAGCAACCAGCAGCAGUUCACGCACUGAUAGACGAGACCCAGAAUUGUGACGACAUUGCCAUGAAUUUUAUUGUCGCCAAGCACACUGGGAAGACUUCGGGAGUGUUCGUGAAGCCUGUUGACAUGGGGAAUUUAGAGAAAGAGACCAACAGUGGCUAUUCUGGAAUGUGGCACCGGGCAGAGCACUUCUUACAGAGGUCUUAUUGUAUCAAUAAGCUGGUCAAUAUCUAUGGCAGCAUGCCCUUAAGAUACUCCAACAUUAUGAUUUCUCAGUUUGGUUUUCCAAAUUACGCCAAUCACAAAAGUAAAAUGUAAAGAAACCUGACAACUGCCUGGGCUUUGGGGAAGAUUUUUGGAGUUAAGUUUUCAGAGCAGCAUUAGGGAUUUAUCCCAUACUUAAGUCCCAAGUAAUUGAGCUAGAAAACAGGAUAUGAUAGUCCACUACAAUAGUAAACCCUUCCAUCCUCCACCGAAUAAGCUAAUGUGGUCAUUGCGACUUUUUAUUUUUAUUUUUAAGGGGAUUUCGACACAGAUCAAUAAUUUCCAUGGCCAGUGAUGGUAUCGUUUACAUUUUCAGACUGUUCUACGACUACUCUGAUUCCUGACGUUGGCCUUAAGGGCUACCGAUGACCUGGGUUUGAGACUGAUCAGAUGCCCCUUGCAAGUUUCUGAGCCCCUGCUUUUCAUUUCCAUUUUAAGCCUGCAGGGCCCAAGGGGAAGGGAAAGGCCAGGGACCAAAGGCAGUCUUGGAGGAUGGCAUGGGUUCAACCUCAUUUAGAAUGAAAAGACAGACAAUUGGUGGCUAUUGCGGUCACCUCCUCUUUCCAGGACCCCUCCUACCUAUGUCAGCAUGGACUUGAUCAAUCAAUCAUAUUUAUUGAGCGCUUAUUGCGUGCUGAGCACUGUACUAAGCGCUUGGGAGAGUACAUUGUAACAGACUCACCCGCAUGAUAUUGCUGUCCCAUCAAAGCUCUGCUUCGUAUUGCUUGGGCUGCUGGGUAUAGCAGCAGAAGGAUGUCUGGCUGCUGAUUUGAGUUUGCUAAGCAACGUGUACUGCAUGGAGCCCAGAAGAAGCAGACAAUGCCCCCUUGUACACAGUAAGGACCCAUGGCAGGGAUUGCCACAAAAUCCAUUCUGGAGAAUGAUAUCCACCCCAAUACUUUGCAUAAACCAUGUGUUGGUGUUGAAAGAAUGUGUAUAAAACAGCUCUCGCUUUUAAUAGGAUGCUUCAGCAGGGCCCAGCAGAAGUGACUUUCAUAAUACAAAAUAAUAUCCAUUAUUUAUCUCUGGCUAGACUUCACAUAAUGCACAAAGUGCAUUUGAAUUUCAAUUUUCAAUUGGUGUAUUGCCUAUAUGCUGCUUUAUUUGUGGUUUGCAUUUUAAAGUGGCAUGGUGAAUCAAUCUUCAAGACGAGGAAAAUUAAAUCUACCAAGUGACGAAGAUGAAAGAAAAUCAGAAAGACUGAAGUAAGGUCAAGGAACUGUUCAGUGAGCUUGCAUCAACUCAUUUUUCAGCCAUCGGUUCGAAUAACUGCCCCCUGCUCUUACUCUUGUAUUGUAGAUUUUGGUCGGGUGUUCAACUUCUGUUCUUUCAGUUACCAGGACUAUCCUGCUGAUUCCUUUGGUUGGAGUGAUUAGAGUUUUUCAUGAAUGCACACUGGUGGCUAAGACAACAUUGACUUGUGGGUGGUGCUCCAAGAGCACAGAUUUCUGUGAAGUGUGUGCUCAGUGUGUGCUCAGUGUGUGCUCAGUGCAUGCUCAAUGUGUGCUCGAGCCUCGUUUUACUGGUGCUUUUCCCCAUAACUACUCAGCGUCACGCCAAUCCAAAGCGGAUAGAUGUUGUGUACCUCAUUUUAAAAUGUAAAGUUGAUUAGUAACUUUGUCCAAUCUUUGUUUGAUUUAGCUUGUUUGCAUUCUGGGUUCCAUUGGCAGAUGAAUAAAAUGAGCUAUUCCCAAAAAA